GGCCGCGCGCCGCGCUUCCGCCGCCGCCCCCUCGGGACCGCCCAGGGCCGCUGUCUCAUGCCGUUUCCGCGCCCCGCGCUGCUUAGAGCCGCCCGCGCUGCUCUGCUGCUGUCGCUGCCGACCCGGCUACCGGCUCGGCCCCUGCUCCCGCCCCUCCGACCCCUCAGCACACCCGCGCGCGCCCCGACCCCCUUCCCCGGCGCCGCCUCCUGGAGCAGCAUGGACCACGCGGGGGCCGAGGAGGUGCUGGCACCUCUCAGGCUAGCCGUACGCCAGCAGGGAGAACUUGUACGAAAACUGAAAGAAGAUAAAGCACCCCAAGUAGAUGUAGACAAAGCAGUAGCUGAGCUCAAAGCCCGGAAGAGGGUUCUGGAAGCAAAGGAGUUAGCACUACAGCCCAAAGAUGACAUAGUAGACAGAGCAAAAAUGGAAGAUACUCUGAAGAGGAGGUUUUUCUAUGAUCAAGCAUUUGCUAUUUAUGGAGGUGUUAGUGGUCUGUAUGAUUUUGGGCCAGUAGGAUGUGCUUUGAAGAACAAUAUUAUUCAGACUUGGAGACAGCACUUUAUCCAAGAGGAACAAAUUCUGGAGAUUGAUUGUACCAUGCUUACCCCUGAACCUGUUUUAAAGACCUCUGGCCAUGUAGACAAAUUUGCUGACUUCAUGGUGAAAGAUGUAAAAAAUGGAGAGUGUUUUCGUGCUGACCAUCUAUUAAAAGCUCAUUUACAGAAAUUAAUGUCUGAUAAGAAGUAUUCUGCUGAGAAGAAAUCAGAGAUGGAAAGUGUCUUGGCUCAGCUUGAUAACUAUGGACAACAAGAACUUGCAGAUCUUUUUGUGAACUAUAAUGUAAAAUCCCCCAUUACUGGAAAUGAUCUUUCUCCUCCAGUAUCUUUUAACUUAAUGUUCAAGACCUUCAUUGGGCCUGGAGGAAACAUGCCUGGGUACUUGAGACCAGAAACUGCACAGGGUAUUUUCCUGAAUUUCAAACGACUUUUGGAGUUCAACCAAGGAAAGUUACCCUUUGCUGCUGCCCAAAUUGGAAACUCUUUUAGAAAUGAGAUCUCCCCUCGAUCUGGACUGAUCAGAGUCAGAGAAUUCACAAUGGCAGAAAUUGAGCACUUUGUAGAUCCCAGUGAAAAAGACCAUCCCAAAUUCCAGAAUGUGGCAGAUCUCCACCUUUAUUUGUAUUCAGCAAAAGCCCAGGUCAGCGGACAGUCUGCCCAGAAAAUGCGCCUAGGAGAUGCUGUUGAACAGGGUGUGAUUAACAACUCAGUAUUAGGCUAUUUCAUUGGCCGGAUCUAUCUCUACCUCAUCAAAGUUGGAGUAUCUCCGGAUAAACUCCGCUUCCGACAACACAUGGAGAACGAGAUGGCGCAUUAUGCCUGUGACUGUUGGGAUGCUGAAUCCAAAACAUCCUAUGGCUGGAUUGAGAUUGUUGGAUGUGCUGACCGUUCCUGUUACGACCUUUCUUGUCACGCGCGAGCCACCAAAGUCCCACUUGUAGCUGAGAAACCUUUGAAAGAGCCCAAAACAGUCAAUAUUGUUCAGUUUGAACCCAAUAAGGGAGCAGUUGGUAAGGCAUAUAAGAAGGAUGCAAAGCUGGUGAUGGAGUAUCUUGCCAUUUGUGAUGAAUGUUACAUUACAGAAAUGGAGAAAAUACUGAAUGAAAAAGGGGAAUUCACUAUUGAAACUGAAGGGAAAACAUUUCAGUUAACAAAAGACAUGGUCAAUGUGAAGAGAUUCCAGAAAACAUUACAUGUGGAAGAAGUUGUUCCGAAUGUAAUUGAACCCUCCUUUGGCCUUGGCAGGAUCAUGUAUACAGUAUUUGAACAUACAUUCCAUGUACGUGAGGGAGAUGAACAGAGAACGUUCUUCAAUUUCCCUGCCGUAGUAGCUCCAUUCAAAUGUUCCGUCCUUCCACUGAGCCAAAACCAAGAGUUCAUGCCAUUUGUCAAGGAAUUAUCGGAAGCCCUGACCAGGAACAGCGUCUCUCACAAAGUAGACGAUUCCUCUGGGUCUAUUGGGAGACGCUAUGCCAGGACUGACGAGAUUGGCGUGGCUUUCGGCAUCACCAUUGACUUUGAUACGGUGAACAAGACCCCCCACACAGCAACUCUGCGGGACCGAGACUCCAUGCGGCAGAUAAGAGCAGAGGUCUCUGAACUGCCCAGUGUAGUCCGCGAUCUGGCCAAUGGCAGCAUCACGUGGGCCGAUGUGGAGGCCAGAUACCCUGUCUUUGAAGGGCAAGAGACUGGUAAAAAAGAAGCAAUUGAGGAAUGAGGACCAUUCCAGCACCUUUGAGCACUUGGCCUAAUAAAAGAGUAACUCCUGUCCUGCUCACCUCACCAACAAACAGCAUCACAGGUGCUCCGGGGACUGCGUUUCAUCCUCAGUGGCUGCCGGAUCUGUCUUCCCAAUUAAAGUUGAAGGAAUUCUGAACAACCUAUAAUCUGUUUGCUCAUGUUUCCAUGUUUACAGAAAAACUGUCCCUCCUAUCGUUGGGAAGACACAGUCAUGGCUUACUGUUAAACACAAUUCAUUUAUUUUUAAAAAUGUAAAAAAUACAGCUGUAUUGGGGUAAAACUAGAUACCAUAAAAUUCUCCUGUUUUAAGUGUACAAUCCAGAGAUGUUUAGUGUAUUUAUAAGAGUUGUGUAACCACUACCACAGUCCAACUUGAGAACAUUUCCAUCACUCCAGUAAGACAUCUCAGGCACCUGUGCAUCACUCCCCAUUCCAGCCUCAGCCCUAAGCAACCACUUACCUACUUUCUGCUGUAUAGAUUUACCUUUUCUAUUUUUUUAUCUUUUUCUGAGAAAGAGAUGCAUUGUGCUGAAGAGGCAGCCGUCUCUAAAGCAGGCGGAACAUCUGGGAAAAGCUGAGCCUGGGGAUGGGGUGGCUGAGCAGUGAUGGCAGCACGCUGGCGUGAUGUGAGGCUGCCAGCCCUAAAGUUCUGCUGACAGGUGUCUGCCCUGCAAAGCCUCCAGGAUGGGGGUGCAGUGACAGGAGCCUUCUCUUUUAAAGUAGGCGAGCUUGUACUAAUUUGAACAAUUCUUUAUUUGUAGAAUUAAGAUUGUCUUGUGCCCCAACUUCCUCUCGGACAGUAUAGGGGAGGACAGGGGUGAUCUCCAGGUUUUCCUUUGCCUUGGUUUUGGAGAGCAGUUGAAGUAGUGAACCCCUGAGGAAUUCUCUCAUUUUUUCUCAUUUCUGAUGAUGCUUCCCAUAGUAUCUUACAUAGAUAUUCAAUAAAUAGACUUUGGAUGAGUCUUGAAUUUUUGAACAAACCAUUUGGGGAGGAAAACCUUUUAGUGAAGCCUAUCCCUGUUCUGCCGGGUGCUUUUUAAAGCAUUCAUUAUUAAAUUAGAAGGAACUAGAUUUUAAAUAAAUUGAGUUUUUAUUUUCCAGGGAUUCUUUUCACCUAAGAUACAUUAUAAUAUAGCCCUUAACUUGGUAUAUGUUCUAGCUUUCUCCCACUGGGUCUUGGGAGUCUUGUCUUCAUCCUGUUUACUUCCUCCCUUUUACAGAAAGUACCUCCAUAAGAAAUCACCACCACCUCAGACAUGGUCACAAGCUCCUUAAUAGGAAAAGAUGCAUGAAAUGCCUAGUGGGCUCUACCUACUUUGGAUCGUGAAGGGAUUAGAGCCAAACAAAGGUCUCUUCACUCUUCAUUGACGAGCACAUGUGUCCUGAGUUCAGUACUGGAUGUUAAUUCUGUGAGCCCUUCUCUGCCCCUUCCCCUAGCAACAGUGCAUGGUUUCUUCUGAGAGAAUAUCCACCGUUUCGGACAUAAUGGGUUACAUGAGGGAGAAGGCAGUCUGACAGCAGAGUGCUCAGGUGCCCUUUGUGCCAAAUGUGCUUGAUCCUCAGCACAAGCAGGUAAAGAGCCAUUUUCUAAACAAGGAUGCCAGGGCUUUUCUAGUUUGAUGCUCUGUGAGGCCUUUUUUAUUACUUAUGUAUUUGUAUGUAUCAAACGGGGCUAGCUCAACAAAAGCUAGACAAAUAGCAUGACUCUCAGAGAAAUUACUCCUGUUUAUCACUCUCCCCAAAAACAGGGAUGGGGAAGAGUCAGAUUCUAACUGGUUUCUGUGGAAUGUACAUAAGAAUACAGUAGUUUCUUUAAAACUUAGGUUGUCAUUUGGGGCAUUCAGUCAAGUACAUCAGGGAGUUAUAUCCAGAGAGGUGGUCUGUGCCUGACUUCUGCAGGGCUCCAGAACCUUACUAUUGCUUAACAGCUCAUAAGAGUAAAAUACUGAAUGUAGGUGGAUGUUCCAGAAAAGAAAUUCAUUGCCCAGUCUUAUAAAUAUAGAAAUAAUCUCACUAAUUGUGUGAGAUAGUACUGAGAUGUCAGAUGGCCAAAGUUCUUUGUGACGACUUGCAGAAUUAUUUUGUUCAAUAAAUCACUUGAAAUAGA